AAGCGUACGGACGUGUGUGAUGUUGUCUUAGCCGCAGUGCAAACAGAAACCAAAACCAAAACUCUAUGAAAUAAUUAACAUAAUACAGCAGCUAAAUAAAUGCUGCAAAUACGAAAAUAAACUCGACUCGUUAAGGCUGGCCAGUGGCCCAAGUGUAAUUUUAAUUUUUGUUGUUUUUCUUCGAGUUACUGUUUGAGUGUGAAGUUUCAUAGUAAAGUUUUAUUUUUUUUUUUUGGUUUUUCUGUUGUCUUAUUGUUGUUGGAAGAUGCGCGCGCGCAACUGAAAAGAAGGCGACACAAAAAUAUUAAAACUUAAAGCCUAAAAAAUAAAACAAUAAAACACAUAAAAUAUAAAAAAAAAAUAAAAACGCCGCUAACUUUCAUUGCAACGUCUGUUUGAGCGCUGCUGCUUCUUCUUUUGGUUGACGUUAUUUUUGCAGUGACAACACAAAACUUUUGGUUACUUGAACUUGGAGUGGCUGGCUGGAGUAGCAGCCGCUGGCCGGCGGCAACGGCUACGACUACGACGCAGUCAACGUUGCUAGGCGGAACGGCAACGGCAACGGCAGCCGCAUGGAUCAUGCCGUGAAAGCGACGCGCGGUCGGCCGCUGAACACGCUGCGCUUUGAGAACGAUGAGCUCGAAUGUCUCUAUCAGCGCUACACGCUCAAGCUGCAGCGCUUCUCAGUGCUGGGCGUGGUCGCACUGGUCGUUGUGCUCUGCGGCGUCAUGGCCGCGCUCUCGCUCUUCUUCAACAAUGCCGCCACCUUUCAUAACAUUUUCAACUCGAUUGUCUGCGUGCUGUUCGCCAUUGUGCUGGUGCUGCUGCAAUGCUCGGUCAUCAAGGAUCAUCAUCUGCCCACGCUCUGCUAUACGAUUCUGCUGUUCACUGCGAGCAUUUGCGUUGUCUCGAUGCCGACGCUGGGCAGCGUCUUUCCCGUCGACACCAAGGAGGUCAUGGCCGAGGGCGUCUGGCAAAUUGUGUUCGUUGUCUUUCUGGCCUAUGCCAUGAUGCCGCUGCAGAUCUGGGAGGCGGUUGCCUUUGGCACAAAUGAUUUUAAUUUAAAUUAA